GCGACGCCAGUGCAGCAGCUUUGACACAUCAGCUCACUCAUCUUUCACAUAUCGAAUCGAACAGCCAAAAAACGCGAAGAAAAAAGUGCAUCGUCUGUGUCGUCCGCGAAAUAAAAUCGAAUCGUUCGCGUCUCGAGUGUCGGGAAGAAGUAAUUUCGCUGCAUUGCACCACCGAAAGUAGUUGGGGAAUGCGAUAUUGACCAAACGGAAACAGGAUGACGUGCUGAUCCGGAGAAAGGGGCAGGAUUGGCAGAGGGAAAAUAGUGUUUCAGGAGUGUGUUGUUAUCUUUGGGUAGAUGUGGCGAAAGUUAAGCUAGCUGCUGUUGGCUUAGCAUAGGGCUCCGCUGGCCCCUCUUUCUUCACUCUUGAGUCAAGAGUCUUGGUUUAGCGGAACGCGCGAAGGCGAAGAGAAGAAGAAGAAACUAGGGACCAACUUUGCGUACUAAUCAGGGCGCUUCUGCCGGAGGAUUUUUGGAUUUGUGGGGGGCGACAACUCCCACGCAGCUCGUCCCCAGCUGUUGUCCCGCGGAGAACCAUUCCACCAGGAUGGCCCUCAAGAAGGUCAAAGGCAACUUCGAGCGGAUGUUCGACAAGAAUCUGACCGAUUUGGUCCGGGGGAUCCGCAACAACAAGGACAAUGAGGCCAAAUACAUCGCCCAGUGCAUGGAAGAGAUCAAGCAGGAACUGCGCCAGGACAAUGUCAACGUGAAGGCCAAUGCCGUGGCCAAGCUGACCUAUCUGCAGAUGUGCGGGUACGACAUCUCCUGGGCCGGGUUCAACAUCAUCGAGGUGAUGAGCUCGAAUCGGUUCACGUGCAAGCGGAUCGGGUAUUUGGCGGCGAGCCAGUGCUUCCAUCCGGACAGCGAGCUGCUCAUGCUAACCACCAAUAUGGUGCGGAAGGACCUGAGCUCGACCAAUCAGUACGACGCCGGGGUGGCGCUUUCCGGGCUGAGUUGCUUUAUUUCGGCGGAUCUCUCGCGGGAUUUGGCGAAUGACAUCAUGACGCUGAUGAGUUCCACCCGGCCGUACCUGCGCAUGAAAGCCGUCCUCAUGAUGUACAAGGUGUUCCUCCGGUAUCCGGAAGCGUUGCGUCCCGCUUUCCCGAAGCUGAAGGAGAAACUGGAGGAUCCCGAUCCGGGGGUGCAAUCGGCCGCCGUGAACGUCAUCUGCGAACUGGCCCGCAAAAAUCCGAAAAAUUACCUCUCGCUCGCACCGAUUUUCUUCAAACUGAUGACCACCUCCACCAACAAUUGGAUGCUGAUCAAAAUCAUCAAACUGUUUGGUGCUUUAACUCCGCUAGAACCUCGAUUAGGCAAAAAGCUCAUUGAACCGUUGACCAAUUUGAUUCAUAGCACCUCUGCCAUGAGCCUACUGUACGAAUGCAUCAACACGGUGAUCGCCGUGUUGAUCAGCAUCAGCAGCGGUAUGCCCAAUCACAGCGCUUCCAUCCAGUUGUGCGUCCAGAAGCUGCGCAUCCUCAUCGAAGACUCCGACCAAAACUUGAAAUACCUUGGCCUGCUGGCGAUGUCCAAGAUCCUCAAGACGCACCCGAAGAGUGUUCAAACCCACAAGGAUCUGAUUCUGGCCUGUCUGGACGACAAGGACGAGUCCAUCCGGCUGAGGGCGCUGGACCUACUCUACGGUAUGGUGUCCAAGAAGAACCUGAUGGAGAUCGUGCGGCGUCUUUUAGGUCACAUGGAACGGGCCGAGGGUUCCGCCUAUCGGGAUGAACUGUUGUUCAAGGUCAUCGAGAUCUGCUCGCAGGGAUCGUACCAGUAUGUGACCAACUUCGAGUGGUAUCUAACGGUGAUGGUUGAGCUGAUUCAGCUGGAAUCGGGAUCCAAGCAUGGUAAGGUCAUCGCUACGCAGCUGUUGGACGUGGCGAUCCGUGUUCAAGCGGUGAGAGGUUUCGCCGUCAACGAAAUGUCCAAUCUGUUGUCCAGUUAUCCGGUGUCGGCCCAGAACAGUACCAUGCAUGAGGUGCUGUAUGCCGCGGCGUGGAUUGUCGGCGAGUUUGGAAGUCAUCUGGACAAUCCGGAACAGACCUUGAAUACGCUGCUACAGGCACGACAAGUGCCGGGUCAUAUCCAGGCCGUGUAUGUUCAGAAUGCGACCAAAUUGUUUGCCAAUCUGGUUCAUGAUUGCCUGGAGGAAGACAAUUUGGCGGACAUUCGGAAGUAUUGUGACCUUCUGUUGGAAGGACUCCCGGUUUAUCAGAGUUCCGGAGACAUUGAAGUGCAGGAGCGUGCCAGCUCGGCGUUCAUGAUGGUGCAGAUGUUGAAGGCUCGUCUUGGGGGAACCAGUACGGACAUAUUGACAGAUAUCGCAGCCACCGUGGACGAAGCGGAUGUAUUGGGUAAGCGGGCAAUACCUGCGGAUGUCGCCGAAAUGAUUCAAGAAAUCCGAGAACUGUUCGUUGGGGAUCUGAAUCCGGUGGCACCGAAGGCGCAACGCAAGGUUCAACUGCCGGAUGGGUUGGAUCUGGACGAGUGGAUCAACGAACCACCGGAGACGAACAGCGAAUCCAGUGACGAGGAGAAGUUCUCGCUGUUCGUUGGGAACAACGACGAUCGGGAAGCGAACGGGGAACACAAGCAUUACAGGAAGGAACAAACACAGGAGGAACUAGAGCGGAUGCGAGAAGCGCGCAUCAUGGAACAAACGAACAACCCCAAUUAUCUCAAGCCGGCCAAAAAGAGGGACACAGGAAGCGACUACCAGAAUGCGGUGGAGAACUACGACGACAUCCCGAUUGCGGAGAUCGCACUCGAAGUGCCUCUUCAGAUACAUUCCACAACUAAACGAUCUGACAAGUAUCUACUGGAGCAGCAAAAGACGGGCAAAUCCAGUGGACGUAGCAAGAAAGCGAGUGGUAAGAAAUCCAAGCGGCAUAAGAAGGGAAGCAAGCAACACUACUCGGAGAGUGACUCCGACAGUGAUGAUCCUAAACCACUACAUGUAGUGAACACAGUAGUAGAGCUGCCGGAAGGUGCAAUUAUGUCCGACACGGAAGACAAGGCGACCGAGGAUCCCGAUGAUCCGCAUCGGGCGUUGGACAUAGAUCUGGAAGUACCGGUUGAUGGCGAACGUGAGUCACGUGGUUCCCGCAAAGCUGCCCCAACCAGCACCAACAAUGGCAAUCCCAAUUUGCUCAUAUCCCGAUCUUCGGAGGUGACCACCUCCAAAUCGAAACGCAAUCUCACUCCGUCAAGUGUGGAGCCGGAAGAGGGCAAAUCAACGUCCUCGCACCGCCACCACCACAAAAAGGACAAAAAGAAGAACAAGGACAAGAAUGGUCAUCGGGAGCGGAGGCAGCACCCCAAGGACGAAGAUCGGGAAGGUGAACACAUCAAGCAGCGGGUAUGUAAAACUUCCUCACAUUCUUCCAGUGGGUCGCGAACCGUCGUCGAAAGCCGCCCGGUGAAUCUCCUGGAACCGGAUGCGGAAGGCGAACCGGAAUCGAAAAAGAAAUCCCACAAAAAGAAGCACCACUCGCAUUCGAGCACCGCCGCAAACGGUGAUCAGUCGCAAGAACAGGACGCGAAAAAGGCUCAUAAAAAGUCCAAGAAAUCGAAGAAAGAGUCAAAAGGUGGAAUGAGUGGCUAUGAGGAAGCCCUUGGUAUUUCCACUCCAAGCAAAGAGGUCAUUUAAUAGAUACUGAGUACGGUCUUGGUGCGCUACCGUGUCGUGUAACGUGUAAACGUUAACUUUCCUAUUGCAAACGCCCUUUUUGUUCGUUCGUCUUUGCCCUUAUCGCCUCCUAGUUAUCUCUACGCAUACACCCCCACAUAGGUAGGAAACCCUCUCGAAAGUACUCAACCCUCGGUUUUAAGCCUAAUAGAAUAUAUGUGAACACGCAAUAGUUUAAAAAAAAUCGUGUGUAACGGACGAACAGCCGUUAUUACCAGCAACGAUACCUAGUGGCGGCUUGCAUAUAUCGCUCUCAAUCGCAUGUAAGAAGUUGCAUGCAAUUGAUUGUGAUUUCGCGAGUAAUAGUUUACGAGAGAGCCAACAGACUUCAAACCGUAAUCUUACCCAGAUGAAGCAACAGAACAAUGUCGAAUUUUAUCACCCAACCAACUUAGACAGUGAAAUUUAAUAAAAAAUCGAUACGCGAACCCAGUCUAGAAAUGUGUAACUAGCAAAGUAAAAUAACAAAAGUUUUAGGAAAGUUUUUGAAGCGGAAAUGAUCGGUGCGCAUUAGUGCUUUGUGCUGUUUUAGAAAGAUAGAACAAAACUAUUUGAUUAAUGAAAACAACGGUAUAAUAUUGUGUAUAAUUGAAGCAUCGUAGAACACAUAAAAGUCGAUCAGAGGAGAAAAUCGAGCAAAUUUUACGCCCUGCAAUGCAUAUGCUAAACGCCUAACAGUUACUGUUAGGUGAACAGUCUAGCAAUCUUUCAUAACCGUAGCGGAAGUAGUAACUAUCAAAGCCAGCAUGAAUCGGUCAAAUAUGGAGCAGGAGAGGGCAGAAACAGAGUAUCAUAGAUUUAGAAUUCUAGAGCAAAGACGACACACACACGAGUGUCGUCGGAUAGGAAACAGAAUCUACAAUUGGACACGAUUGUGAGAAGGAAAGAUAAAGGAAAUGGCAUCCACUACAACACUAUAGGUGAUGAUUGUUAAUUAAUCAGUAAUUACAUUGCAUAUGAUCAUUAUAUACUAUUAUUAUUAUUACGAUUAUUACUAUUAUGAAGCAGGAAAGCCGUAAAUAUAUAAUUUAUCUAACAA